UAUUUAUAGAAGAGACUAUCUCCUGUUGUGGCUGGCAUGUCUAUGACAUAAACAAAUAUUUUAACCUUUAUUUGGAAUUCCUGGUGGCAGGUUUGAGCAUGGCGGAGCUUAGUGGUCACAGAAUCUUUCUUUUGAUUAUUUCCCUGGCUCAGUGUCUGGAGAGCACACAGCUACUGGCACACCUUAAGAAAUGCGGUGACUUGGAAUGUGAAACUUUAAUCAGCAGAGUUGUGGCCAUGAGAGAUUACACAGGACCUGACUGCCGAUACCUCAACUUCACUGAGGGAGAAGAGAUAUCUGUUUAUGUAAAGCUUGCAGGAAAGAGAGAAGAUUUGUGGGCAGGAAGUAAAGGGAAGGACUUUGGAUUUUUCCCCAGAGAUGCAGUCCAGAUUGAAGAGGUGUUUAUAUCUGAAGAAGUUGAAAUAUCAACUAAAGAAUCUGACUUUCUUUGCCUUUUUGAAGAAGGCUACAUAUUUGGAAGUGAAGAUAAUGAGUUAAACAGUAAUAAUGAUAAAGAUGUGCAUCCAUAUGAAGAAAAUGGAGAGCAAACAUACAAUAUAUAUGAUAAUGAUCUUCAGAGAGAACCUGGAUUUGAUGCAACUUCUCAGAGUAUUUUGUUUGAAGACCAGUUUUCAGCAGCAGAGGCUCCUAACCGGAUGAGAGGUGCUAGUGAGUCAAAGGGCAGGGAAGAAGGAGAGACUGGAGAUGGGACGCAGGAGGUGGAUGCUGUCCUGCCAUCCUUGAGAAUUCCUGAGGUAUCAGGAUGGUUUGGACUGCGGAGAGAACAAGUUGAAGAGAAGGCGUUUGAGCCAGUUACUCAACCUCUAAAAGAAAGCUCAUUUCAAAGUAGAAAAUUAGUUGUGGAAGAUGAGAAUGACCAAGGGAAAAUAAGUAAUGGUGAACCCCAAACAGAGCACAAGCAAGGCCUAAAAUCAGAAUCUUGUUCAGAGAUAUCAGUAUUCAGUUCAGUGCCGGAGGAUCCAUUGGAACUAGGUUCAGAGUCAGAGUACAUUUCCAAACCUCAAACCUCUGGCUGGUUGGGUGGUGGGUUUACAAAUUACUUAGGUUUUAGAGAGGAGGAUACAGGACUUGAACUGUUGUCCACAGAAAGCAACCCACCAUUACCAGAUGUUCCUACUGCUUUACCACCUGCUGAAGAAGCCCUGGUUCCAUGUACAGAAGCGCCACCAGAAACACAAUCAUUACUACCAGAAGACACAAUCAUUAAUGACAGCUCUCCUCUCAAUCCAGGUUGGUUUGAUUUUGGUUUUGGUAUCCUAGGCUUUGCAUAUGCCAGUGGAGAUGAAGUCACAUCUGAUGAUGGAAAAAAUGAAGGUGAUCUUACAGCAAGCGAAUUUGACCCUGAAAAGGAACAUGAAACAAAAAUGGUGACAAUUAUGGAACUAGAAGAUGAAAUAAUAGAUAAGGAAGUAGAGGAAAGAGAUGAUUCUGAUUCUACAGCAUACUUGAAAAAGUUCUUCUACAAUUUUAAUAACCCUUGGAGCUUCCAGAACAUUCCAGAGGAAACAGAGUUGCAAUUUUCCAGACAGAUACCGGAUCAAAAUAAUAUAGCUGAAAAUGAUGAAACUGAAAAACUUUCGGUUAAAAAUCCCAUGGAUUAUAUGGAAGAUCCCAUGAUGUCAGCAAACAGAUACAGUCAAUCAGAUAUGGCCUCUAAAAUGAAAAUUCAUGAAGAAAUAAAUUUAAAAACCUCAUCUUCUAAAAGUGAUGAUGAAACAUCAAAAUCAUCAGCAGGUUCUGCAGGGCCUGCUCUAGAGGAUAGUGAUGGAUCUGUGGAAAGUGCCUUAACAGACAGUUGGAUGGUUUCUCAAAACCAGAUUCCUCAAAAAGAAAAUGCUACAGACUUUCACAUUUUGAAAUGCUUGUUUCAAAUCGAUGCUUGUGGUUUCAUGGCAGCGGCAUUUUCACCAAUCAUAAUUCUUAUGGAAAUGGUGGUGGCAGUGCUGCCUGAAGACAUGAGAUCAGGCCUGAGUCCCAGUGUUUUCUCAUGGGAGUUGGUGACAUGUGUAGUUGGACUUCUUGCUGUCCUCUUGUUUUUGUGGAGAGGUUAUCGAUCGAUUAGAAGCCGAUUUUAUGUGGGAAGAGAAAAAAAGCUUGCUCUCGAGCUUUCUGUACUCAUUGAAGAAAAAUGUAAACUCCUUGAAAAAGUUAGCCUUGUUCAAAAAGAGUAUGAAGGCUUAGCGUCAUCUUUAAAGGAUGCCAGCUUUGAGAAGGAGUCAACAGAAGCGCAAAGUUUGGAGGCAGUCUACAAAAAGCUUCAGAGAUCCAAAUCUAAUCUUGAGGAUGAAAUACUUGUUCUAGAAAAAGAGCUACAAGAAGAGAAAAGUAAAAAUUCUGAACAAGAUGAAUUGAUGGCAGAUAUUUCAAAAAGAAUACAGUCUCUAGAAGAUGAAUUAAAAUCCCUAAAAACACAAGUAGCUGAAGCCAAAACAACUUUCAGAAUUUUUCAAAUCAAUGAAGAACGGCUCAAGGGAGCAAUGAAAAAUGUCCUGAAUGAGAAUUCUCAACUUCAAGAAAGCCAGAAACAGCUCUUACAGGAAGCUGAAAGGAUGGAAGAACAAGUGAGUGAACUCAGUAAACAGAAAAUAACAUUUGAAGAGUCAAAAGCACAUGCAGAACAAGUUCUGAAAGACAGAGAAAAUCACGUCAAGUCUUUGAUUAAACGCUUGCUAAAGAUGAAAGACUGGGUCACUGUACUUGGAGAAGACAUAACAGAUGAUGGUAAUUUGGAAUUGGAAAUGAAGAGUGAAUCAGAACAUGAUGCUCACUUAGAGAAUCAACCAGGUGGAGCUUUGAAGAAGCUGAUUUAUGCUGCUAAGUUAAAUGCAUCUUUAAAAACCUUAGAAGGAGAAAGAAAUCAAAUUUACACACAGUUAUCUGAAGUAGAUAAAACAAAAGAAGACCUUACAGAGCAUAUUGAAAGUCUGCAGGCUGAACAAGCCUCCCUGCAGUUAGAAAACGCACAGUUUGAAAGUGAGAACCAGAAGCUCGAGCAGAAACUCAAAGUCAUGACAGAGCUGUAUCAAGAAAAUGAAAUGAAACUUCACAGGAAAUUAACAGUAGAGGAAAAUUACCGACUAGAGAAAGAGGAGAAACUUUGCAAAGUAGAUGAAAAGAUAAGCCAUGCACAUGAAGAGCUGGAGAUCUACAGAAAGCGAGCCAAAGAUCUUGAAGAAGAAUUGGAGAGGACUAUUCAUUCUUAUCAGGGGCAGAUUAUUUCCCAUGAGAAAAAAGCACAUGAUAAUUGGUUGGCAGCUCGGACUGCUGAAAGAAACCUCAACGAUUUAAGGAAAGAAAAUGCUCACAACAGACAAAAAUUAACUGACACAGAGUUUAAAUAUGAACUUUUAGAAAAAGAUCCGUAUGCACUUGAUGUUCCAAAUACAGGAUUUGGCAGAGAGCAUUCCCCAUAUGGUCCCUCACCAUUGGGUCGACCUUCGUCUGAAACGAGAGCUUUUCUCUCCCCUCCAACUUUGUUGGAGGGUCCACUCAGACUCUCACCUUUGCUUCCAGGGGGAGGAGGAAGAGGCUCAAGAGGCCCAGAAAAUCCUCUGGACCAUCAGAUUAGUAAUGAAAGAGGAGACUCAAGUUAUGAUAGAUUAUCUGAUCCUCACAGAGCACUUUCUGACACUGGGUCCCUGUCACCUCCAUGGGAUCAGGACCGCAGGAUGAUGGUCCCUCCACUAGGUCAACUAUAUCCUGAUCCAGGUCUUCCUCACAAAAGGCAAGACAGAUUUUAUUCUAGCUCUGGUAGACUCUCUGGACCAGCAGAACUCAGAGGUUUUAAUAUGCCUUCUUUGGAUAAAGUGGAUGGGCCAAUAUCUUCAGAAAUGGAAUCCAAUAGAAAUGAUACCAAAGAUGAUCUUGGUAAUUCAAAUGUGCCUGAUUCAUCUCAGCCUGCUGAACGGGAAGCUCCUGGCCCUAGCUUUGUUCCUCCACCUUUUCCUCCAGUUCGAGAUCCAUUUUUUCCAAUGGAUCCUAGGAGCCAAUUCAUGAGAAGGGGUCCUCCUUUUCCUCCACCUCCUCCAGGAAACAUGUAUGGGGUUUCUCGAGAUUAUUUUCCACCAAGAGAUUUUCCUGGUCCACCACCUCCUCCAUUCCAAAUGAGAAGUGUCAAUGCACCAAGGGGCUUUCCACAUUACCUUCCCCCAAGAGCUGGAUUCUUCCCUCCUCCCCCACCCUCACAUUCUGAAAGAAGAAAUGAGUUUCCUUCAGAGUCAAUUCCGCCUUCAAAUGCAUCUGCAGCUGAACCUUCAGAACCACAAGAAACUUGACAAGAUUUUUUGAUCUCUCUUCAAAAGUGAUUUUGACUUAUCUCUUAUUUUCAGUUUAAGUAACUGCUGUUACUUAAGUGAUUAUACUUUUGCUCAAAUUGAAGCUUAAUGGAAUUAUAAUUCUCAGGAUAGUAUUUUGUAAAUAAAGCUGAUUUAAAUAUGAA